AUUAAAAUUGAACCCUUUGUGGUGAUACUGGCAAUCUCUGCUGCCGCAGAGUAAUUUUUUUAAGUAUAAUAAUAUUUAAUUAUUUCAUAACCUUCAACAAUGGCUUAAGUGCGGGAUAUAACUGCACCCUACGUUUAUUUAUAUUUCAUAUUGCUUUGACGAUUCCAUUUGUAUUUGGGCGAGGAUUUUCCUUUUCAAUUUAUUGCCAAGAUAUUUAGAUAAAGAUAAUGUUUAUUGCUGAAAACGAGUUAGGCAAUUAUUUAUAGAUAUAAAAUUUGUUUGUUGGAAAUUGUAAAUAAUAACAUUAACAGAGGUAGAGAGAGGGAGGUAGGGGUAUAAGGGGAGUGGCUCGCAAGGGAGGAAGGGAGCGUUGUUUCGAAAUAUAUACUUUAUUUACGCAACAACGUUGAGAAAGUUUUCGAACAGUGUUUUAGUUUACUAUCCACAUGUUGUUGUGCUCUUCACCCCUGCAAAACGAGCUAUAUUUCGGUGGUCAGAUAUACAACCACCCUUCAAUUUAUUUGAGAUCGAAUUUUUGUGCGAGGUAGUCCAUUAAUUGAUCCUAUCGAGCCCUCAGACCAGGGAUUUAUUCUUGUUGUUUCAAUACGUAUUUCGAAAUAAUAAUGUAUUACCAACCAAAUCGUUUUUCGAAUUCGAGUAGUGGAUUAUCCCCAAAUGUCUACGUGCCUGUCUCCAGUCCAAAUGGAUCCUUGGAACCAAGAGGUAAUUAUAAUUUGAUUCGCAUUAUACUUUAGUACAAGGCGGUAGCGCCUUAGCCCUGCGGGCGGCCGACGGGCUCUUAUUACUUAGACGGUGGACACUGGUCCGUCUAGGCGGCGAAAUUGACCAAAUUAUACUCGUUAUAAGUGACGGCGCAAAGAAGCCGAAAAACAGCAACAAAAUUAAUUAAAAAUUUUCCGUGGGUCUUUUCCUUUGGUCUCCGCCACCGGCCGGCCCUUCGAAUGUGUCACAGGCCGGUGGUGGAGACCAAAAGCAUGGUGUGCUUGCGAGCCGGCCAUAUUAAGGCCGUGUGUACGUUCGAGUGCAAAACCGUAAAAAUAAAUAAUUUUAGCAAAGUCCCAAUGACCAAACUUGAGAUUUGAGUUUCUGUUAACUCCCCCGGUGUGAUUCAAUCGCAAAAACGGAGAGAAAUUGCCCAGGAGGACGGCGGCGCCCGUGUGCACAUUGUCGCUGCACGUUGGUAGCGAGAGUGAAAAAGCAAAUAAUUUUAUUUUAUUGUAAACAAAAUCGGUUUCCCGUCACUGUUCGUUAGCAAAAAGAGGAAAAUACACUAAUCAUGGCCAAAUCAAAAUUAGAACUAACAAAAUACCCAAAAAGUUUUGUGCUCGCGAGCCAGCCAUAAGAACAACCGUGUGUGCGUUGCAGUUCUCUUCGAGUGCAAAGCUCCCAUAAGAUUUGCAUUGAGAAACGAGGGCGCCGGCGACACCGCAAAAAACAGUUAAAUUUUUUCCAUUAAUUAAUUAGGGGCAUUCUUUCGGCCCUGCGUGUGUAAAAAAACGCCAAACCCGAAGAAAUUCGUCGGGGCACCGUGAAACGCCCGUUUGCACAUUGCUGGCGGCCCGUUUCCCAACAUAAGAAGCGUCUCCAGCGCAGCGCGGCUGGCUGAGACCUCUAAAAAAACUGAUCGCUUAUACAAAAAAUCUAUUUAUCCUAUUUAUUAAACGAAAUAUAUUUGGUUUCAGAUCCAUUUUACGCAUUUUACGCCCGACUCCAAAAGUUUGCUAUGACCAAGGCGAAACUAGACUCCUAUGCCUACCACAAUCCUAUGCGAAUUUAUAAUUCGAACUUGAGGCCUCUCAUUAACAUGAAAAAACUACGGCAGUGCGAGAGGUGCCAAAGAACAUACACAGUGCAUCGCAACGCCGGCUCACCCGGAGAGAUUGACAGGGGGGAUUCAUGUUUUUAUCAUCCUGGAAAAAUUGUAAUACCAACCUUUUUUUUCUGUGACGCCUACUACACCUGUUGCGGAGCGAAAGUGCAACCCUAUUGUGCGACCGGGUGUGUUGUCCAACCUCUCCAUGGAUUUGUUUCGACCAAAGAAAGUGUUGGUUCAAACCCGGUUGCCAUCGCCAUCGACUGUGAGAUGUGUAUCACAUCAAACGGAUCUGAGUGCACACGUGUCACAGUCGUGAACCAAUUCAAUGUGGUGGUGUACGAGUCACUGGUCUGGCCUGAAGAACCCAUAAUAGACUAUGUGACGAAGUACAGUGGAAUAACAGAGGAAAUUCUACUGAGAGGUCCAACCAGGACAUUAACGCAGGUCCAGGACCACUUGCUGAGCUUCAUCAAGAGUGACACAAUUCUAAUUGGUCACAGCCUAGAAAGUGACCUGAGAGCUCUGAAGCUGCACCAUAACAUGUUGGUCGACACCAGCCUCGUAUUUCCACACAAGAUACCCGGGAAGAGGAGGUCUUUGCGGGAGCUGGCCUUUACGUAUCUAAAUCGAACCAUCCAAAAUCGUGAAGAUGGGCAUGACAGUGCUGAAGAUUCUAAGGCGUGCAUUCAGCUAAUGCAAUACGCGGUGGGCAACGACCGACGUAAUUCAGGCUGAUGAGACGAGCGGCGCACACAUUCACGCGGCGUUCCUUAACUGGAGCAAAGUGUUUCAAAAAGUUCCGCAAACUGCUGAAAGGGUACGAGAAUUUUCUCGUCGCUGGGACUCAAUUCGCCAGGUUCUGCGGCGCGAGCUCGGAGCCUCUACUAAGUCGUUUGACUCGCAGUCCGCGAAAACCAAACUUCUUCCACACUUCUUAUAAUAUUUAAUUUUGUAUCUCUAGUUUUUAUUGUCUAUAAAAUAUUUAUCUAUUUGUUAGGGUUUUACUUAAUGAUAUUACAAUCAAUAAUAUUUUGUACUUUGAAUCCUUUAUUGUACCAAUACAUGUUUGCAAUCGAAAUUGCCUAAUGUUCUUUGUGUCAGAAUAUUUUUCAUUGCGCAAGUAAUCUUUCUGGGUAUGGCGAAAUAAUUUCUUAAUUUAAAGCAGUUCAUUCUCGACCACCUGGGUUUUAUUUUGAAAUGAUAUUUAUUUUGUCCAUAUUGUAAAAGUGUUGUGAAACUAUUACUCCCUCGCAUACCCUCAGGGCAGAGCAGAGGGAGAAACUCAUUGUCAGGUACAAAUAAAGGCACUGCAGGAGCCUCCCUCUCUCGAGCGCGAGCGCGCGGAGGCUCUCGCUCGUGCUGUGCCUUUAUUUAUAUAACUCAGUUUCUCCCUCCGCUCUUCCCUGUGGGCGCCCGUAAAUUUAAAUUUUACGUUGUCAUAUAUCGGUACAAAUUAUUAUUGAUUGUAAUAUCGUAAUGUAAAAACCUGACACUAUUAUAUUCAAUUUAAGUAAGAGUUUGUUACCAAUAAAUAUUCUAUUAUGUAUGUUGUA